AUGGCACAAGGUUUUCAACUCAAAUUCGACCGAAACUCACCAGACAUGGCACCGGAAGAUGAUGAGAUGGAUGUGUUGGACGACAAGAUCCUAGAACCAAUGUCCGAAGACUUUUCCGACAACCGCCGCUUCUCAUACGAUGCCCCAUAUCCCUACUCACAUCGGGGCUCGGACUGGUACAACUACUCAAACUCCAGAUCCAACACAAUGGAAUUACAUUCAACCUCGAAUUCGCACCCCAUUCAACCCAUGGUGAAUCCAAUGGGUGCCCCGUUCAUGCAUGCCGACGGCCCGCAGUCUGCUUACCAACAGACGAGCUGGGCCCCCAUGCAACGUGCGGAUUCCGGCUCAUGUACCCCGACCGUGGACUAUGGGCAGUAUGCCGCAGAAGGAGGUCAGAAUGCUACUGCUCCGUUUGCUGGUGGGGCUGUUGGGCCUGUCAGUGCUGUGGGAACGACUCCCAUGUACCGCGGGAUGGCGUUUGGGUCGCAUGACAGUGAUGCCACUUCGCCGAAGUUAACUAAGCCAUGGGCGAUGGCUCCGACGGAUUGCUUUACCACAAGGUCCGACUCUAUCAAUGGUCUGCCGUGCAGGGAGGAUGGGAAGAAGAAGCGGAACGCCCGCUUCCCGAUCCCCGCUGAGCGGACCCUGAGCAACAUUGAUCACUUGAUCAGUCAGUCCACGAACGAGGAAGAGAUCAAAGAGCUCAAGCAGCAGAAGCGACUACUCCGGAACCGGCAAGCAGCACUGGACUCUCGGCAACGCAAGAAAUUGCAUACCGAGAAACUAGAAGAGGAGAAGAAGAACUUCACCGCAGCCAUCAGCGAUCUUGAAGAGGCACUUCAAACCAUGAAAAUGCGAGAAGCAGAGCUGCUCCGCGAGAAGAGCGAAUGGAUCGUCACCCACGGGCAGAUGAACCAGUACAUUGAAGGGCUGCACAUGGAGAAAGACGAGAUCAUCCGCGUGCACACGCUGGAAACAGCCGAGCUGCGCAAGAAGAACAACAUUCUCAUGGAAACCGUCGAAAAUCUCGAACGCGGCGUCAAGCCCGUUCACGAACCCCUCCCUGGCGACUUCACCGGCUUUGAAAAUAUGACCAUGGAAGCCCAGCCGUGGGACGACUACUCCAUGUCCAACGCAAUGCCCUUGCAACAAGAAUGUCUCUCUGUCCCCCGCCAACAGCCCAGCCAGCAAAUCAAAACCCAGGAGAAAUCCAACUCAGAUCUGCCAAUCAGCUGGAACGCCUUCUACAUGUGUCUCCUCUUCGGCGCCUUCAUCGCCUCAAACAGCAGCUCCCUCCCCGGCCGCUCUCUCCCACAACUAUCCGAGGAGUAUCGCGCCGAGUCAGCUAACGUGCUCAAAGCCGUGCUGGCUUCCUCGCAGGGCCAUGACCUGCAGUCCCACUCCCUCAGCCGCGCGACGGCAACUGGGCCCACACAGGCGACUAUCAGCGGCAUGGAGAUGGCACACUUGAGCUCCGGUCAGACUGUGCCCUCAACCCUUGAUCAGCUACAUAACUCGCUCGCUAUGCCGACAGAAGAGCAGGAACGCGAGCAGGUCUUCUCCUUGAAUGUGAACCAGUAUAACUCCCUGACGACAUUCGAGGACGACGGCGCGUUCAAGCCGCAGCAGCCGUCGACGCUACAGCAGGCACUGGCUGCUAUGCGUGAGACGGUCGCGCAGCAGAGUCGCAUGCACCCCGCUGCAUCCUCGGAUGUAUAUUCCCGAUCGCUGAUGUGGGACCGAGUGCCUGAGAAGGUUAUUCGGGACUUCCGUCGUAUGGUGCAGGAUUAUGCUACUCCUAUUAAAGAGGAGGGUGUCUUCCAUGUCUGA